AUAAUUUCUCAUUAGGGAGCUUCUCUCCAUUGGUUCCUCUGCAUGCACACUCUUGCUUAGUUUUGGAAACCAAGGAUUGCUUAAGGCCAGUAUCAACAAACACCUUUGAAAAUGGGAGAGAUAACCAAUAUCAGUGAGUAUGAGGAAAUUGCAAGGCAGAAAUUGCCAAAGAUGGCAUUUGACUACUAUGCAUCUGGUGCUGAGGACCAGUGGACUCUCCAAGAAAACAGAAAUGCCUUUUCCAGAAUUUUGUUUAGGCCGCGAAUUCUUAUCGAUGUGAGCAAGAUAGACUUGUCAACUACUGUCCUUGGCUUCAAAAUUUCCAUGCCAAUCAUGAUUGCUCCAACUGCUUUUCAGAAAAUGGCUCAUCCCGAGGGAGAAUAUGCAACAGCAAGAGCUGCAUCAGCUGCUGGAACAAUCAUGACUUUGUCAUCAUGGGCGACUUCAAGCGUCGAAGAAGUUGCUUCAACUGGACCUGGAAUCCGCUUUUUCCAGUUAUAUGUGUACAAGGACAGGAAUGUUGUUGCUCAGCUUGUGAGAAGAGCCGAAAAAGCUGGAUUCAAAGCUAUUGCCCUUACUGUUGAUACUCCAAGACUUGGACGCAGAGAAGCUGAUAUCAAGAACAGAUUUGUUCUGCCACCAUUUUUGACAUUGAAGAAUUUUGAAGGACUGAACCUUGGAAAGAUGGACGAAGCUAAUGACUCUGGACUUGCUUCAUACGUUGCUGGUCAAAUUGAUCGUACUCUGAGCUGGAAGGAUGUGAAGUGGCUUCAGACUAUCACUAGCCUUCCAAUUCUUGUGAAGGGAGUACUCACUGCAGAGGAUGCAAGGCUAGCAGUGCAAAGUGGUGCAGCUGGAAUAAUUGUGUCCAACCAUGGAGCAAGGCAGCUUGAUUAUGUUCCAGCCACCAUAAGUGCCUUAGAAGAGGUUGUGAAAGCUGCUCAAGGCCGUGUUCCUGUAUUUUUGGAUGGAGGUGUACGCCGUGGAACCGAUGUCUUCAAGGCUUUGGCACUUGGUGCCUCUGGCAUAUUUAUCGGACGCCCUGUGGUUUACUCCUUGGCUGCUGAAGGAGAAGUUGGUGUAAGAAAGGUCCUUCAAAUGUUGCGUGACGAGUUUGAGCUAACAAUGGCUUUAAGUGGAUGCCGCUCACUCAAGGAAAUCACUCGUGACCACAUUGUUGCUGAUUGGGACACCCCUCGCGUUAACCCUCGUGCCAUACCAAGAUUAUGAAAAGCUUAAUCAUCAUCAUUUGAGCUAAGUUUAUCAUUUGUACAAUUAAUGAGGAAUUACACUUCCAAACUUGUGUUUAUUUUAUCUUUUGCUUUUAAAGAGAACUCAUUUAUGGUUUUUAUAUAUCUGUAAAACUACAUGCUUUCUCUGUAUGGAUAAUAUUUGAUACUUGUGUGGCUACUAUGCUACAUUCACUCAUUGUA